AUGACAAGCAUCUCUGCAAGCCAACCGGCAAAAGAACCAAGCAGGAUGUUGCAAGAUGGAACGCCACAGAUCACCAUCGGCGGCAAUGCAAAGCAGUUUACGACGAAACAAUCCAAGAUGAUGUGCGAAGAAGGAGGAAGAGACGGGGUAUCAGGAAAAUCAAAGGGAGGAGAAGCCGUCAAAGAAGACGCUGAGUGUGGUUCUUCAGGCACCGAACAACUCCAAACGACGUCGGCAAGCCUAAAAGUCACCCAUGGACUGUCAGCAAUGAACACUGCAAGGAAACAGACGUGGCAACUUCUAACUAGAAGGCAGCAACACUUUGGCGAGCAGGGAAAAUAUAACAAACAAACAAUUAGUGAAAACCUCUACCAUUGGAUGAAGAAAGCGCCUAAAACAAAAGGAUUAAAACUUAGACACCACGAACGGAUCACAGUGCUUCGUGAUAUCGUAAUUGCGUGCAUUGCUAUUAUUUGGAUUCAACCACCCGUAUCUGAAGGGGGAACACCGUUGGAGUCCGGACCGACCACACCAAUAAAAGUGAAUGUGGAAGUCGACGCCAAAUAG